AUGUUAGCGGAGCAGUAUUCUCAGGCUCAGUCUUGGCUCGAUAUAGGUCUUCCGCGCAACUCUGAGGGCCUUUGGGCGCGGAAUCUGUUCCAAUUUGCAGACUGGCUGGACCCCAAGGCACCGCCCCGGUCUCCUGGUGACGCCACUACGCCCAAGGACUUGGUCGCAGACGUCAAGGACGGGUUACCACCAACCCAGACUACGUACGCCCUAGCUUUACACUUUGGCCUUCUCUCGGGACAAGAACAAACAGAAACUACUACCCGUGUCCUAAGAGAGCUGGUAGCACAGAACGACUACCUCGUAGGCACUAGGUUUGCAGGAACUCCAUGCCUUUGGUUUGCCCUUCACAACAUCAACGCAACCGAGGACGUUUGCCGCAUGCUUCUCCAGAUCCAACUCCCAUCUUGGCUCUACCAAGUCGUCCAAGGCGGUACAACCACCUGGGAGAGGUGGGAUAGCUUGAUUCCUGAAGGGACUGUCAAUCCAGGAGAGAUGACCAGCUUCAACCACUACGCCUUUGGCUCGGUGGCGGACUGGAUGCACCAGGUUAUCGGUGGUAUCGCUCCUCUUGAGCCAGGCUGGAGGAAGUUCUUAAUCGCUCCGGCCCCAGGUGGAGAUAGCACGAGUGCUGAGAUCAGGUUUGUGAGUCAAUACGGCGAAAUCCACGUGGAGUGGUGGCUCGAAUUGAAGGACAAGAAUGCGGCCAGUCCCAGUCACACUCUCCAACUGAGAGCUCUGAUCCCGCUCAACUCACGCGCGUCAGCUCGGGUGCCAGGCAGCCAGGAGACAUUUGAGGUUGGCUCUGGAGGGUUUGAGUACCGUGGACCGUAUUAUCAUUUAUCGAGGCUCAAAACCGGUAGACUGGGGGAUCUUUGA